AUGGGAGAAAUGAUCCAAGAACCAAAGAACUCAAAACUCAAUGAUGCAUUUUCUUAUUUGGAGUUCAUGUUCUGUAAAAGAGGGAAUGUUGGGUAUGCAAUGCAGUUGGUGGAGAAAAUGGAGGAACAUGGCUGUCCACCCAACACAGUUACUUAUAAUUCACUUGUUAGAGGGCUUUGUAUCCAACGGAACCUGCAACAAAGUUUGCAGCUUUUGGAUAAACUUAUGCGAAAGGGGCUGGUCCCAAAUGUACUUACUUACUCAUUCUUGCUUGAAGCUGCUAACAGGGAGAGAGGGGUAGAUGAAGCAAUGAGACUGUUGGAUGAGAUAAUUGCUAAAGAAACUGGUCUGGAGUUUUGCAACAAAGAAAUUAAGUUAAGGGAUAGUUCCUUCUAUGGAGUUUUAGCUGAUAUAGAAGAUUCAGAGUCUGGGAAGUUGAGCAAUGUCAUCAAGAGCCUUCCAAUCAUUGCAUUGCUUCCCAAGUGGAAGUAUUGUAGACUCAAAAUUCCAAUGAUUGCUGAUUUGGGAGUUGUCCCGAUUCAUGAUAAGCUCCAGGAAAGUCAUUUGCGAUGGCAUGGCCACAUUCAACAAAAGGCCUUGAGAUGCAACUGUAAGGAGGAGUGA